AUGGCGCCUCUCGAGGAGCAGAGCGUUGGCCAAGUCUGCCACACUCCGUGGCUUGAGACCUUUCUCGAUGGUCUGAGCUACGGCGAAUCGCCACCACAAAGCAUGCCACUCUUGCUCUCUGAGUUCAUCGACAAUGAGUACAGGUUUCAAGACAUGGAUAGCUUCAAGAAGAACUGGAUGGAUCUCGAAGACAGCUGGAGAUUGCCACUUAACAUCGAAAAGGACUGGGAAAGCCACCCGGAGUAUCCCAUGGGUCUCUGGGUUGGUUGGUUCAUCCCAGCCAUCAUCCGUCCGGGCUUCUGCUACAAGAAUAGAGGAAGCCUAUGCGUGAAUAGCUUCACUGCACCCCCCAUCAACAAUGCCACUGUCCGAAAGGCUUUCAAGGUCGUCUACAGAUUGGAUAGUGGCAUCGACCGGGAGCUGUACGCACUGUAUUCUCCUGAUGAGGAUGGUCUCUGUAAGGCCAAGCUUGUUCCUGGGGGCGCACAGAAUGUGUUCUUUUUCAAAGAGUGGAGAGAUGAUGCGGUUUGCGGCCGCUACAAUCGAGUAGCAACCUGGAUGGGAAAAGCCGACGCAGGAGCAAUGGAGGCGAACCUGGCGAGAAAAGUAGCGAUUGGGCCAUCUCCUUGGCAUUCACGCAUGUCCAAUGUGUCUGGCAAGCAUGAUGGCGUCAAAAGCAGCAAGGAGAAACGGAUUCUCGUCAAUGAGCCAUCGUCGCCGCCUCAAAGAUCGCAGGGAUCAGCAGAGGAAUAUGGAAGCAACGUUCUUUCCUCUGACUCGUCAAGCGAUUUGUACAUACCUGAGGAGUCCAGCAGAGACGAUGAUUCGGCAGACAGCGAGCCUCCAAGUACGACAAGACGUUACAAAAUGAAGACUGGAGACUACUCUACACCCGUGACCAGAUCAUCGCGCAGACGCUCAUCGGAGUCUGAAUCGAAGUAUUCUCAUUCGCACUCGAAAAAGUCACCCGCUCUGACAAGAACGCGGCUCUGGAGCCGUGGUACUCGCCGUGGGUCGGCAGGUAGUCCUCAAAGCAGAGGCGCCAGCCGAGGCAGCCCUCAAGCAUCAUCUUUGCGAGCCUCCGAUGACGGCAUUGCGAGCCCUUCAAACCGCCAGUCCAAUGACUUGGACAGUCUUCGCAAAAGCUCGGUACCUACUCACAACCUAAGUCCGCAAAAGAGGAAGAAGACACGAACUAGCGACACCGAAAGGUCUCAGACUGAGCCACCCCGAAAGCAACACCGAACUAGACAGGCCCGCAAGACACAUUCCGAUCAGUCAGACAAUCUUCAGUCAGAUAUCAAAUUUCUAGUCAAGGACGAGAAGAUCGGAGAGAGCGAUAUUGAAGUUCAGUUCGUCAAGGAGAUUCCAAUUAAGAGAGACGGGAAGAAGCCUCGUGACACUGGAGUAGCGAAUCGUACCCAGCCCCCGAGCGACAACGAUAGCAUUCUCUUUGUCUCAGGAUUCGUCGCAGCAGGAAAGCUAGCAUUAGUGGCUGGCAUUCCGGAUGCCUUCCCGCGUAAUAUCAUGCUCGAGACAUUUCGAGGACAUUUGACGUCUACGGAAAUGUCUCACUUCGAUGCCUUAGCCCAGAACCUUGUGGAUUCUGCGGGUGAAGACAUUCGCAUGAUGCUCGCGGAAACCCUCGAAGAAAAGUUGAGGAGCAGAUUGCCUGCCGUCAGCGAUUGA